AAAAAAUGUUGCCUUAGAUGCUUAAAAUUUGAUUGAAGUGGGUGUAUACCAACAUCAUAUAUAGGUGUUGCCAUUGAUAAGAAAACUGUUGCCUUAACUACAAAAAAACCUCAACGCCAACACCUUAUACGAUGUUGCCUUAGAGAAGAAUAAAAAUAAAGCAAGGUAAACAACCCCGCUCUUUUACACUGAAAUUUUCAAAUUGAAUUCAACAACCGCCCACUCAGACAAAACACCGUACCUCUCAAACAAAUUAAAACAAAAACUGAAAACACCCAGAUCUCUCCCUCUCCCUCUCUCCCUCUCUCUCCCGCAUCUCUCAGUCUCUCUCUCCCGCAUCUCUCACUUUCUCUCUCCCGUAUCUCUUUUACGCAUCUCUCCCAUCUCGCUCUUUCAUCUCUUUCUGUCAUAUCACUCAUCUCUCUCAUCUCACUCUUUCAUCUCUCGAAACUGGAAUUUGCGUAAGUUUGGGAAAUGGUCCGACGACUUUAUACAGGGAGCUCAGUUGCUUUUCUCGUACGUAGCUUGAAUUUAAUUGGUCGAACUGUAAAUAUAAGUGAAUUAGUGUAUUAUAAAACUACGGGACUCUCAUUUUCAUGGAUGUUUGAGGACACAGAACCGAGUGGAAGGAGCUUCUGGUAGGUAUGGAUUAUGAUGCAUCCUACUCUCAAGUGUCUCGUUUUCCAUUAAUUGCUUUUGCCAUGUGACUGACAUUUACUGGAGUGAUUAAAUUUUCAGAUGUUUUGGUGCCAAAACUUAGCUCAAGAACAAUAAGACAGGCAGUUGGAGGUGUUGGGUGUGUUUUGCACUACUAGAAUGAAGGUAAAAUUCCCUACUAUACAAUGCCCCCAACUAGGGAUGUCGGCGUCCCUUCGGAAGCAAAGAUCAUAUCAGAACUUAGAAAGGAGUUCAACAUCGAUGAAGUAUAUGGUACAGAGUCAUUUAUUAGUAGUCUAAAAUCUGCAGACGAUUUUAAACCUGCCGAAAUGCUGGCAAGUGCUAUUGUCACCUCUGAUGAGAAGAUGAGUGAGGCUAAAAAUGUUGUAGAUCAGAGUAAUGAUAAUGAAGAGUGCAUGGCAGAAGAAGAUAUCCCAGAUUUGAAAAUGGCCAAAACAGCUAGUGGCAGGCAGAAUGCGAAGUUAUAUGCUACAACAGAUAAUGUCAUGCUGAUGAUUUCCAAGUUGGCAUAACAGGAUUACUAGUUUUCUUUAAAAUCUCAGAAUUCUGAUGAACAGUCAUGUCAUCGCUUAAUUUUUUAUUUAGGUUGCAUAUUAUGAAGAAUUUGUAUUUUAGAGAAGUUGGAGCAUCUGGUUGUGUUUUGGAGAAAUAGAUAUAGUUUGGAGUUGAGGAAUUGUUAGUGUUGGAGAAUGUUCUUCGUUAUUUGCUUGGAGAACUGAUAUUGUUAUUUAUAAAGGGAUGAUCUAUUAUUCAAACAGAUUCUUGCAAAAAUUUUAUUUGAA